GAGGCUGCUGGGAGCGGCUGGCCGGCGGCUCCUUCUGGGAGGGCGGGGGCCGGAUCCUGCCCCUUCGCCGCCGCCGCCGCCUCGCCUCUCCCCGCCGCCCUCGCCAUGUCCGACUUGGAGAAGCAGCUGCAGCUGGGCCGCCUGCCCCCUCGCCCGCCGGGACCCGCCGGGGGAAGCGGCCAGGCCCUCCCCAAGAUGCGCAUGGGGCCUGGAAGGAAGCGCGAUUAUUCUGCUGUCCCGUGGAGCCAGUACUUCGAGUCCAUGGAGGAUGUUGUGGUUGAGAGCGACUCUGGCAAGGAUACUUUUCGAAUUUACAAGAGUGGGUCCGAGGGUCCCGUCUUACUCCUUCUACACGGCGGAGGCCAUUCUGCCCUCUCCUGGGCUGUGUUUACCUCUGCCAUCAUCAGCCGUGUCCAGUGCCGGAUCGUGGCUUUGGAUCUGAGAGGACAUGGUGAGACGAAAGUUAGGAACCCAGAAGACCUCUCUGCGGAGACGAUGUCCAAGGACGUCGGAAGCGUGGUGGAAGUCAUGUAUGGGGACCUCGCCCCGCCCAUCAUGCUGAUUGGCCACAGCAUGGGCGGGGCUAUCGCUGUGCACACGGCAGCGUCCAACCUGGUGCCCAGUUUGCUGGGCCUCUGCAUGAUUGACGUAGUGGAAGGCACAGCCAUGGAUGCCCUCAACAGCAUGCAGAAUUUCCUUCGGAGUCGCCCAAAGACAUUCAAAUCUCUGGAGAAUGCCAUCGAAUGGAGUGUAAAGAGCGGACAGAUACGGAAUCUUGAAUCUGCCAGGGUUUCUAUGGUUGGCCAAGUCAAACAGUGUGAAGGUGCGGCCAGCCCUGGAGGUCCCAAAACCAUUGUGGAGGGGAUCAUAGAGGAGGAGGAAGAGGAGGAGGAAGACGAAAAUGGAGAAUCCAUGAACAAAAGGAAGAAGGAUGAUGACACAGAGACCAAGAAGGAUGUGGCCUACACAUGGCGGAUUGAGCUGGCGAAAACGGAAACGUACUGGGAUGGUUGGUUCCGGGGCCUUUCGAACCUCUUCCUCAACUGCUCUGUUCCCAAGCUGCUGCUUUUGGCCGGUGUCGACAGACUGGAUAAAGAUCUAACCAUUGGCCAGAUGCAAGGGAAAUUCCAGAUGCAAGUCCUUCCGCAGUGCGGCCACGCAGUCCACGAAGAUGCUCCAGACAAAGUUGCCGAAGCCGUCGCCACGUUCCUGAUCCGUCACAGGUUUACAGAGCCCAUCGGUGGAUUCCAAUGGUUAAGAACAGUUUCAGGUUAAGAACGGACCUCCGGAACGAAUGAAGUACUUAAUCCCAGUGUUUUCCCUGCUUGUUAAUGCCCCGACGGUCCUCCCGGCACCGACUCCCCUUGUAAAUAAACCUGCACCAGAGGGCUGUGGUGUUUUCCGUCUCCUCCUCGGCCGUCCUUUCAGUUGCCAACUCGGACCAACUGGCGCCAGGGCCCAGUCCGUGGCCAGACCUUCUGCCGCCGGACCCCCAACCUGGUCCGGCCCCGGAUCGGGGGGAGGGGCCUCCUUCCCGUCGCCCUGAAGGAAGUAAGCCGGCUCUCUGCGAAAUCACGGGUGGAUGCGAAGGAUUCUCUGCUCAGCCCCUCCUGGAAGUUUUAGGAAAUCCUUGGCCCAGACGGACCCCAUCAAAGCCCCCUCUCCCCUUUGGUUUUUCUUAAGCAUGCAGGAUCCCGCCAUCUCAAAGCUGGGCUCUCCGCUUCGCUCCUCCAGAGCAGGGCUUUCAUUCUUGGGUUGCUUGGGCCAAUCUUCCUCCCACCCUCUUCCUCCUGGCGAGUUCUCAGUAGCGCAGGCUGCCACGAUGCAUAGAAAUCUGAAAGGCAUCGCUCCAUCCAUGGCUUGUGGCCUGUCGCCUCCUUGACCGGCCUCCUGUGUUUGCGUUCCCCAGCGAACGGGGGCUGCGCUUUGGUUUGGUUGACACACCUGCGUCCACCAAGGGGAUUCAGGAAAGGAGCUGAAAAGCAGGGGGGGUUUCUGAGGUUUCCCCAAGCCUGAUGUUCGAGAGCCCAGCCCGGCAGGUUCUCCAGAUGUUCCCUGCUGGCCGGCGGCAUUGAAACAGCUGCCAGAAUUGGGCGGUUCAGAUUCACACGGCGCUGUGCAGUUGCGCCAACCAUCAGCAAACAAGAAGAGGGCAGUGUUGUUUUAGGAUUACAGAAAUGGGAAUGGGGAGCAGUCCAUUCCUUUGCUUCAGGGCUGCAAAUGACGGUUUGGGCAUCCUUCAGCUAAAUUUUCAAGGAAGCAACCCCUAGAUUUAAAGCGCCUUUGUGGUUCUUGUCAGUUCCGGGUCUCUGGUGGGGAUAACGUCCUAGAGCCCAGACCUCUGUGUAUUUGAGGAGGUGUUUCUCACGCGUUCGCACUUCCAAGUCCCGGUUGAGAACAGGAGAGUUGCCCCCCUGAGCAAUAUUUUCAAUACUAGGGGGGAGAGAGGAGCGUAUUUGCAUUGGGGUUUGGGCUCCAUGGCUCUUAGAGGCAGGGAUAGAGGCUAUGUCAGGAGCCUUGAUAGAUUUCACCGCGUGCUGCAGUCAAAUCCUUCUCCGCCCUCUCUUGCCAAAAAACAGGUGAAGAGAAAUAAUACGCAAUAAGCAAAGAGGAGAGACUUAGGGAAACAUCCCCAGCCAUCCCCUGGGAAGUUCUCUUGCAAACUCCUUGUGCGGCUCCUGUUCAGUCCAGAGGGGUGUUGGCCAGAGACCUUCCUGGUGGAUUGGGCCCUGUCAGGCCCAGAAAACCCAAACCCUUUGCCAGAUGGGUGAGGUUGGUUUUGUGCCUAUGUCCCAAGCUGAGGAAGGGGGUCUGUGACUUCUUCCUCACGCAGGAACGAUGAGUGAGGCAUGUUGGAAGACGCACCCUCCACAUUGAUGCCCCGAACGUUUUCCGAUUGGAAAAGUUUCUGGAAUAUAAUGUGUCGUCACAGCCCUGACAAAAAAAAUAAAUCUGUGUUUGAGCAGCCUGCCCUUGCGGUCUCUUGCCUUCUCUGCCACAGUGGCCCUCACAUCUAAGAUGGAAGCCCCCCAUUCUGCUCCAUGGACUGGAGGAAAAAAACCCAAACUCUCACGGUUGCUGCCCAGUCUCCGGACAUGGCGCCCAGGCCCCAAACACCAGCUGGAGUGGGAAGCCAAGAGAGGAAGAGCCCUCCCAGUGCAGUUUCCAAGUUUCCACCAACACUUCCUGGUAGCCUUUGUUUUCCCCCCUGCUCAAGUCUGGCAGUGGUACCCAAGGAUGCUCUUCUCUUAGUGGCGAGCUGCCCAAAAUUAAGGGGCUGCCUCUGGAAGUCAGACGGGCGAACCUCACCCAGCUGCGUCCCUUGUUUUGGCAGGGAGGGCUCUAAUUUUUCCCCCUUCAAUUUUUUCCGGGGGUAUUCCCUUCCUUCCCUUGGAUAAUCACCACUCACUCAGAUGUUUAGGAUGACAGUGCUUCCAAUGGCUUUUGGGGUCUCCUUUCUUCCCCCCUUUCUCCUGGCUUUUGAAUGAGCUGCCUAGGAAAGAGGUUGCCCGUCUGCCUGCACAUUCAAUGCCAAUUUUUGCCAAUUUGGGGGUUUUCUUUGAACCAGUUUGAAAAACGAUCUCCCAUGGCGUAUGCAGCAUAUAUCACAAAACGCAACGCAGAGUCGCCAGGUGACUGUCCCCCUUCGGUUAGGUACUCUGUGGGUCACUUGCUACAUUUGGGGGCUGGGAAGCGUCCCUAGAUUCUCCCCCCCCCAAAACACUCCUUCCCACCCCAAACUCUGAACCUUCAGCAUAAUUUUCUUCCCCUUUUCUGGGGAGGGAGGCAAACCUUAUCUGGUUCCACAAAGACUAGAGUCCUUGUUUAGCCUUGCCCCCUUUAAAUAACACAUACUGUACUGUUGGCAUUUUUUUGUGUGGGGGGUGAGGGUUUUUUUGUCAACUCCCUGCUGAUGAUGACGACCACCCUUGUUUUAUGAAAUAAAUAUUUCGCUACCUGCCGUG